GGAGAAGAAGAAGAUGAAGAAGCAUACUGUAGUUAAAUCUAAGAAUACAAAUGAGAUUGGGCACUAGGCCCCCGGCUCAUAUUAAAAGAAUAAAACGAGAAUCUCAGCGCUUGCUUUUCAAAUUUGGGGUUAGAUCACGUCACUCUUGACCUGUAUAGACUCCGUGCACAUUAGAACUGAGAAUCUCCUUUUAGAUUCUAGACUUGGACACUAGUGUGACCUUUCGUCACUAUUUACCUAGUCUUUGGAUGCGGCAAGCAAUGAGAGGUAAUGUAGGAUGAAUGUUCGAUGUCUCAAUGUCAAGCGAUCACACAGCUGAUUCCAUGGUACCACUUAUCUUAUAUGAAGCAGCCUUUGGGAGUAAGAUAAUGCGCAUUGACAACUUGGAGUGAUUUAGGGGCACGCAUGUAUGACAAGGUCGGACAAAGAGCACGUUCCACAGAUGCAGCAGGGUGUUUGGCAACAGCACUGGCCGAGGAUUUAGCUGCUGGUGCAGAGCCGAAAUCUACAUAGGAAUGACGUGAAUUUCUCUGAGUUGAAGCGUAUCUGUUGCAGACAAACAGUAUGAAACAAAUAAGCCUGCUGGAUUGGCGUUUAGAUACUCUGAUGUUAUAAUUUCAUUUUCAUCGGGGCUUCAAAGGAAUGUGUAGCAUGGCUUACACUCGCAAGUCCUCCGGAUCCAAAUCAUGCGCAUUGGGCUCACCAAAGUGCAGUAACAUAGAUAUGUCACUGCGAAGGAUGAGGUGGGUUUUGGCGAUGAUCUUAGCAUUAGGUCUAACGAUGCCUGGUUAUGAAGCUGCUGGGCAAAGUCAUGCAGACAUUGAUACCUACAUGGUGUUACUGGAAGGUCCGCCAAUUGUGAUAUACAAAGGGGAUAUUCCUGGUUUGCGUGGCACAGCCAAGUACUUCACGAACAGCUGGAAGAAACAUCAUCGCAGAGCCCAUGUUAAGGAUUUGGUGAGUAAGUAUAAAACUCACUUGAUUCAAAAGCAUGAUGCACUUCUGAAGGAUCUAUUUCAGGAGAAGAGCUGCACCAAGCUCUACAGCUUCACUCACAUUCUCAAUGGCGCUGCUGUGCGACUGACAUCCCAGCAGGCUGAUGUUUUAGCGAAGCACCCUUCAGUGGUGCAUGUUCAGAAGAGCUUUAAAGUGCAGACGACAACGGUCCAUACUCCCGAAUAUCUUGGACUACCCACGGGAAUAUGGUCAAAGAUGGGGGGAGCUUUGGGUGCAGGAGAAGACAUAGUUAUUGGAAUAGUGGACACAGGAAUCGACCCAACGCACCCAAGUUUCUCAACUGUAGGCCAAAAGCCAUACGUACCUCUUAGUAAAUAUCGAGGAACAUGCGAGGUUGCCAAAGAAUUUCCUGCUGGUUCUUGCAAUGGAAAACUUAUUGGAGCGCAGCAUUUUUCAGCUGCUGCCAGUCAAGAUGGUGCAUUCAACGCUUCGCUUCAUUUUGCGUCCCCCUUGGAUGGUGACGGCCAUGGAAGCCAUGUAGCAUCUACUGCAGCUGGAAACUACGGAGUGCCAGUCAUCCUUAACAAUGUCACAUAUGGUAAAGCAAGUGGCAUGGCUCCAAGAGCACGAAUUGCAGUUUACAAGGCAUUGUAUCGUUUGAUCGGGGGUUUCAUACCAGAUGUUAUUGCUGCCUGCGACAAGGCCGUUGCCGACGGAGUAGAUAUACUCAGUCUGUCUUUAGGACCUAAUAGUCCACCAGGUAACUCUACAAGUACCUUCUUGAAUAUCCUAGACUUAGCUCUACUUAAUGCUGUCAAGGCGAACGUCCUCGUUGUUCAAGCAGCUGGGAAUGGAGGUCCUUAUCCCAAGACGGUGACAUCCUUUAGUCCCUGGGUACUGUCGGUGGCGGCCGGAGUUGAUGACAGAACGUAUCCUAACGUUAUUACUCUUGGAGAUAAAAGUGUUCUGAAAGGAACAGGACUUGCUCCUGCGACAAAAGGAGAAGUACUCUACCCCUUGAUUUUAGCUAAAGACGCAACAGAAGGUCAAGGUAAUCCGGGAUUCGCACCUAGCGAUUGUCAAGAGCCUUCUAUUUUUCAAAAGGCGCUAGUCACAGGAAAACUCCUCAUCUGCACAUAUGGCUUCAACUACAUUUUUGGCGGCAGUACAUUACAACAAUUAGUGAAGACUGUUGAGGCUGUGGGAGCAGCGGGUGUGGUGUUGGUUGUGGAGUCUGACGGUUCUGGCAGUAAAUUCGAUCCUGUGCCCCUUCGAAUCCCAGCUAUUGCCCUUCUCAGUUUCGCGGAUUCAGCGACUUUUCUGGGAUACUAUGAAGCAAAUACAAAACGGGGUCAGAAUGGCAAAGCCCUCUCAUUUGGCGCAACUGCUAAACUUGGAGAUGGUCAAGUCACUGUCUACACGGGUCAGGCGCAGCAAGUUGCUCUGUUCUCAUCGAGAGGCCCCGACGUGAGAGAUUUCAACUUCAAUGACGCUGAUGUGUUAAAACCCAAUGUUAUGGGGCCAGGCUUCCUCAUCUGGGGAGCGUGGACACCCAUCGCAAUUGAUAAUGCCGCUUAUCAAGGUGAACAUUUUGCCAUGAUCUCGGGAACAAGUAUGGCGACGCCCCACGUUGCGGGUCUUUCUGCUUUGCUCAAAGCGAAGUAUCCGGCAUGGAGUCCAGCCGCUCUCUCGUCAGCCAUGGUCACAACAGCUGAUGUUCUAGACCAGCAAGGGCGACCAAUUCAGUCACAGCAACUCUCUGGAGGCCCUACACCUUUGCUGCAAGACGCUACGCCCUUUGACAUGGGAGGUGGAGCGCUCAAUAUCAAUGCUGCCAUUAAUCCAGGCCUCAUCUUCGAAGCAGUAUAUCUAGACUACAUAAAGUUUCUAUGUUCUGCAAACAUGUCAACUCCCGGAGAAGUGUUGGCUGCGACGAAAACAGCAUGCCCACAAGCUCCAGGCAUUCCAGCCGACCUCAACACCCCAUCCAUCACAUUCGCCAAUCUGGUGGGGACCAAAACUGUGUCGCGAACCGUCACGAAUGUCAUGGCAGCGGGAGAGACGUACACCGUGACAUGGACGAACCCAGCAGACGUUGUCCUCACAGCCAGCCCCACAAGCUUCGCAAUCGGAACCGGUCUUCAAAACACGCAAACCGUUGGCUUCACUUUGCGAGCAACAGCAACUUCACAGACAGCUUCCUUUGGGCGGAUCAUAUUCAAGGGGUCCUUAGGACACACGGUACACAUCCCAGUUUCGAUUGGAAUCAAAGAGCCUUGAAAAUUUUCAAUUUUUUUUUCUUCUUCGUCCAUUACUAUCCGGAAACAGAGCUCCUCUAAUUCUGUUCGAAGUUUUUCGAGGCUCAGGCCUGUCGUGGGUCUUGCUUUGACCUCACAUUACGAUGAAAGCUUAGAAAGGAUUGUUAUUUCUCUACAAGGCCAUUUCCCUACCUUCCACAUUUCAAGGUAAUAAGGUUAUGAACAGUUUUUGCAAGAAUGCAUUGGAUGGAAUUGAUAAAGGUCCUCAAUUAUUAUUUUUUACCCGAUAAGAUUGCUGAAGUCAUAAAUUUACCACU